AUUUUUUUUUACAGUCUUAAGACAAAGAACAAUCUUUGCGACUCUUGUUUCUCACUUGAUGUUUAGCUUGCCGUUUUUCUGAGGACCCAUUGCCGGAAAAUGGGCGAAUUUGUGGUGAUCAGUGACGACCGCGGCGGCGACGGAGCUGUAACGGAGAUUCAAGAAACGGAGGGGGUAGACUUGCUGACGGCGCCGGGGCAGAGGAAGGCUGAGGAAGGAAACGAGUCGCCUUCCGCCACGGCGGCGGUGAGCUGGGAGAUAUUGUUGCCUAAAAUGGUUCUCAAAGUAUUGUUGGUUGAAUCUGAUGAUUCUACUAGGCAGAUCAUUGCUGCUCUUCUCAGAAAAUGCAGUUUUAAAGUGACUGCAGUUGGUGAUGGUUUAAAGGCAUGGGAGGUGCUAAAGAAGCGGCCCAGAAAUGUUGACCUUAUAUUGACAGAAGUUGAUCUUCCUUCCAUCUCUGGAUAUGCCCUUCUCACUCUUAUCAUGGAACAUGAGAUCUGUAAAAGUAUUCCUGUUAUAAUGAUGUCUGCUCACGAUUCGAUUAGUAUGGUCUAUAAAUGCAUGUUGAGAGGAGCGGCUGACUUUCUUGUCAAGCCGGUAAGGAAAAACGAGUUGAGGAACUUGUGGCAGCAUGUUUGGAGGAGACAAGCUUCAAGCAAACCUGAAGAAGGACAUGCUGAUGAGAGUGUUGUGCAGCUGAAGUUUGAAGCAACGGCCGAAAACGAUGGUUUUAAUAAUGAUUCUAGUGGUUUCAAGGCUUGUAAUGAAAGGAAUAAGGAAUGCAUUCAGAAAGGAAGUGAUGAUGCUCAGAGCUCUUGUAUGAAGCCAGAUAUUCAAGAACCUCAUCCAAUCCCUUCAGGUAUUCAGUUGAGGAAUCCCGAGAAUCAAGUCAGCAGUGAAGGCAGGAGUUCUUAUGAAAACAGUCCUACUAUAUUAGAACUGCCUAAGCAGGCCACUAGUUUGGUUGGUCUAUUUGAUAACCACCCGAAUUGCAAUUACAUUUCUUCUUCACCUUUGCUGGACCUUUCCUUGACAAGGCAUCCCAGCGGUUCCAUCAACCAACCUUCAGAUGAAAGGCAUAGGUUAAAACUUUCAGAUGCAUCAGCCUUUACUAGGUAUGUCAGCAAGGGGGUGCAUCCCAGAGACUUGAUAUCUCCAAAUACUUUGAAUCAACAGAGAGGUGAUGAUGAUCAUAAUUCUGAUACUCAGGGUCCCACAAAGAGCUUUCAAUGUCUUACCCAGCGGACAGAUAUUGAAUCUGGGCAGGGUGGUGAAACUGCACUUCCUUCUCCAGCAGGGACAGUAUUUACUGUUCCAAUUCCUGUAAGAACUGUGACAUUUGACAGUCUAAGCAAUACCUACAGCUUCAUGGCAUACCCGUUUCAUUGCUUGAAUCAUCAAAGUAUACAUUCUCAGCAAUGUCACGGUCUAACCAAUCAGAACGUGAGUUCAGCCACCACUCAGGCCAAUUACCAACAAGGUUUUCAUUCAGAACCUGAACGGGCACAUGUAUCUUCUACAACUGAUCAAAGUGAAAAUAACGGUAAUGGUGUUAUGAACUGUCAUUACACUGCCGUCGAUUCUAAAUCCGAGUGUAGGAACGAAGAAGCUUCUGUGGCUCAAGAUAGAAAUUCUCAAAGGUUGCAAAGACAAGCGGCUCUUGACAAAUUCCGCUUGAAGAGGAAAGACAGAUGCUUUGAGAAAAAGGUAAGAUACGAAAGCAGGAAAAAGCUUGCAGAGAAGCGACCGCGAGUGAAAGGACAGUUUGUUCGCCAUUUGCCGAGCGAACCACCACCCUGUGACACAUGAACUGGUUAGCAAUGCAAAUCGUUUUUUGUUUAAACAAAAUAGGGAGCAGACUAUAUUCUACAACAAAGUAGAGGUCCUGGGAGGAGUGGCAACCACCUCUUAUACUACUACCCAUAUAAUUAGUAGCAGUGCAUAUGCAUUUGUAAUUGCCAGCAAGGGUUUUGCUAUGGCAGUGCUUGUUUGAUGUAUAGAUAGAUGAUCUUUUGGAAACAUAUAGGCCAGGUAACAGCUAGUUAAGUAUGGACACUGAUUGAAGAUCAUUCAUUCCUUGCUAACUACUAUACGGAGUAGUUUCAAUUGGUUUUGUAACUUUUGUGUAUCAUACUUGAACUUUUCUAUAGACCACACCCGUAAGCAGGAAUUGUGAACAUUUUUUGUUUUGUUUUGUUAUUCUUUUUGAGCCUGUUUGGUGGAUUUGUUUUUCG